GAUUCUCGUCCAUUCGCUGCGAGGUGCCGUCCGUGUACCUGGUGCUCGUGUGCUUGCGUGCUCGUGUUUAGUCGUGUCGUUCCAGUUUGUGUGUUCGCCGUCCUUUUCGUCCUGUGUCCAAAGGAUAAAGCCGCCGCUCACCCACUCGCAUAUACGCCAACGAGGAAACUUCUAAUAUUGUCUCUCCGUCAGUCUGCACAUUGAGCCAGCGAUAUACGCGCGCGGAUAACGAUGCGUUCGUUCUGUGCUUCAGCGCUCUUAGUGGCGCUGUUUGCUCCAAAGCUCGCCAUGUCAGAGAUCCGUCAAGGUGGAACACAGGGCUGGGAAUUGAGAUCGGUGUCUUUGAGCGAAUUGUCGAAACUCGGUCUAGCUACGGGACCCUCGGAUAGACGACCGAUCUUCCAGAGUAUUCACGGAGGGCCUCCGCGAGGAGGACCGAAUUUCCAACAAGUCCAGAUACUAGGAUACGUUUCAGGCGCAGGACCCGGACAGCGCGGACCGCGAUCUUUCCACGGAGCCAACAUUCCCUUGGAAAAUCUAUUCGCGAGGGCUCAGGUUCAUCGGGGACCACCUGGACUUCCUAUCGAAGCUCCCAUCAGUCGGGGACCACAAAUCCUCGGAGCUCCCGGUCUAAGCAAUCUGCGACUUCCUCCCGGAUGGCAAGCGAUCCAGAUCGAUGCCAAUCAGUUCAAGUCGAUAGCUUCGGGAAAACCGAUCGACAUUCCCGGACUCGGCAACGGUCCUGUUCAUAUUUCCUCUCAAUUCGCCCAGAACAUCGCUUCCCCGUCUGGUCACGCUCCUGGUCCACAAGAUGCUGCCGUAUCCGAGCUUCCGAACAACAAACUCGAGAUUCCUCAGCACGCGCAAACCUUCCAGCAUGGACCCUUCCGUUUCGCCCACGUUUCUGAAGAAGUUCAACUCAUCGGUCAAAACGGUCAGAAGACUAUCGAGGUUCCCGUGGGUACCGGUCACGACCAAAUUAAACAAGUCGUGCAACAACAAUCUGAGCCCCAGAGCAGUUCCGUUCCCGCGGCUGAAGGAGGCAUCAACAUUCCCGGUGGACUUCCAGCUGCAAUCCAGCAAUUCCUCAAGGAUAACACACCUCAAUUCCAACUCCAAGAUGAUGAAGAGCAGAAACAAGCCGAGCAACAAGUUCAAUCGGUACCUCAGCACCAACAUCAGUCGCACCAACAUCAGUCGCACCAACAUCAACAGGAAGCACAGCAGCACGUGCAAGGUCCCCCUCAGCAUUUGCAGCAAGCUCAACACGUUCAACAGGAGCAGCACCAUCCUCAGGAACGAGUUCAUUUCCCUCAACAGCAAAUCCACAGUCAGCAUGUUCAACAACAGGCGCCCCAACCUGUGGUUCGAGUUCAACCCGCAGAGAGUCCGAUCUCGAACAUCCCUCCCGGAUGGAAAGUGAUCCGAGUCACUGCUGAACAACUCGCCGCUUAUCAAAGAGGUGGUCCCGCACCGUGGCUCCAACAUCAGCAGCAACAACAACCGAACAGGCACAGGCACAUUCCGCAACAAGUUCAACACCAGGAGCAGAAUCGGCCGCACUUCCAUCAGAGCCACCCCGAUGGUCCUCGCGGAUUCCCAGGCCAGGCCGAGAGCUAUCAGGGACCCCCCGCGCAAGCUCCACCGGUGAGACUCCCCCCCAGAGCGAACGUCAAAGUUGUUUAUCUCCCAUUCAACUCCGUGAAGACCGCCCAACACCAACAACCGCUCUACCGGGAGGAGCGACAGGAGGCUCGUAGACAGCAAGCGUGGCAGCCUCCGAGCAUGGAACACGGUCAGUGGAAGGCAAUCACACCAAGCUUCAUCCAAGCAUCGAACGGUCCAUGGAAGCAGCAGCCAGAAUCGAGCAACGGAGGUCCAGCCUACGCCACCAGCGAACGCUACCAUCAUCGCGGAAACCACAUUGAAGAACACCGACAUGAGCACCCGCCCAAUGGUCAACACCAUCAGCAGCAUCAUCAUCAACACGAAAACCAGAGGGUACAAGGGGUCGUGACUCGGGAAAACGCCGGUAAAUGGUAUUAA